AGCCGCGCGCUAGGCCGGUCGGGCGCCGGGGUCCGGGCCCCCCGCCGCGAUGCCGAGCCCCCGCAGGAACGCGGACGGACGCCCGCUGGCCGCCCCCGCCUCGAGCAGCAGCAGCCCCGGCAGCCCGGCCCGCGGCGGCGGCGGCAGGUUCGAGUUCCAGUCGCUGCUCAGCAGCCGCGCGCCGGGCUUGGACCCCGCCUGCGGCCGGCUCCGCGCGCCCGAGAGCCCGGUGCACCGCCGCGGCUCCUUCCCGCUGGCCGGGGCGGGCCCCCCGCAGGCGCCCCCGGCCGCGCUGCCCGACGACGACCGCAUGGACCUGAACCCGUCGUUCCUGGGCAUCGCCCUGCGCUCCCUGCUGGCCAUCGACCUGUGGCUGUCCAAGAAGCUGGGGGUGUGCGCCGGGGAGAGCUCGUCCUGGGGCAGCAUGCGGCCCCUGAUGAAGCUGCUGGAGAUCUCGGGCCACGGCAUCCUCUGGCUGCUGGGCACCCUCUACUGCCUCUCCAGGAGCGACAGCUGGGCCGGGCGCGAGGUGCUCAUGAACCUGCUCUUCGCCCUGCUGUUGGACCUGCUGCUGGUGACCCUGAUCAAGGGGCUGGUGCGCAGGCGCCGCCCGGCCCACAACCAGAUGGACAUGUUUGUCACCCUCUCGGUGGACAAGUACUCCUUCCCCUCGGGCCAUGCCACCAGGGCCGCCCUGGUGUCCCGGUUCAUCCUGAACCACUUGGUGCUGGCCAUCCCGCUGAGGGUGCUGGUGGUACUGUGGGCUUUCAUCUUGGGCCUCUCCAGGGUCAUGCUGGGGCGGCACAAUGUCACCGACGUGGCUUUUGGCUUUUUUCUGGGCUACACGCAGUACAGCAUCGUGGACUAUUGCUGGCUUUCGCCGCACACUGCCCCGGUCCUCUUCCUGCUGUGGAACCAGCAAUGACACCGGCUCAUUCAUCAGGGCACCAGGAGAUGGAAGGUUUCCACGUGUGACCAUGUGACAAAAACCAGCAGCUACUCCUGCUCUCCCCUUUAAGGACAUUUCAGGCUUCUUCUGAGAUUUCAGGUGUCAUACCAUCUUGACGGCUUGCUAGGCCAGAGAACGUGCUGGCCAUCAGGACCACAGCCAUAUAACAGCCGAAAAAAAGGCAAAAAAAAAAAAAAAAAACACCUCUCUAUUAUAUAUUUAUUCAACAAUGAUUUAUAUCUCCAGGACAACUGCAAAGAAAACAAGCUGGGGUGAUUAUAAUAUUGCUGUUUUUAAAAGUUGACAUCAGUAAAUUCUGUGUUUUGUAGUUAUCCUGUAACUCAACGUAUCACCUGUAAAGUGAACUUCGUGGAAAAAAAGCAAAACAUGGUCUUCAUUCUGUAAAUGUACAUGCAGAUGAGCCACCUACUAAGCCUAGUUCUUCUCCUGAGAGAACAAGCCAAGAACUUACUUGAAGAAGCAGCACUUAAUGUAGAUAUGGGCAUAUCUACAGUGCCCAUGGAAAAAGAUGGGACUGUGACCAAAUGCUUAACUCUGUUGACAACAAAUAGCAUGGCAUGAGACAGGGCAGAAGAACUCAUUGAGGACGUCAGCAGCUGAGAGUCUGGGCAUGGGCUUACCAUGUAUAUGUCAGUGGGCCACUCUGGCCGGAAAUGGGACUGUUCUGCCCAUUACCUCUACUGAUAAAGAAUGAUGCUUCUGUACUAAGGUAACAAAAUAGGAAAAUAACUCGAUUCUUUGCAGUGCAAGGGCAUAAACUUUCUCAUAUGUACCACAAGGAUGACCCUGUAUAGUAUAGUUUUUCAUAUGGAAUUCCAUUUCCCCGUGUACAGCACACUUUAGGUAACAGUAUUUGACUUGAAACUCAUCAGGGGAGCCCCCUGCUAUACCAGGC